GAAACAAAUCAGUCUGCAGAGAUUACCGGCAGUGUUGCCAUUGCACCAGCUUCAAAUAAUUCUACAAAGAAUACAGUACUUCUUCUAUGCAAAUCAGCUACUGUCAUAAAUCCUAGAGAACCACAAAAAAGAUUAAUCGCGAAUAUCUUCUUCGACGUUGGUUGUCAAAGAUCGUUCAUUACUGAAAAAUUGGCUCAAGAUUUGCAACUGGAAGAGAUUGGCACAUGCGACCUCUCCGUAGCGGGCUUUGGACAACAAAACACGAACACAUACAAGUCUGCCCAGAUGGAACUCGGUAUUCCGCUCCUUAACGGUCGCCUUACGAAACUUCACGUCAAUGCCAUCCCGUUUCUAAUGCGAACAAUACCACAAGUGCCGUUGUCGAAACGAAUCGCUUAUGAUUUGAUUAACAACUACAAAUGCGUCUCUGACCUACAUCAGAUAGUACGACAUCCGGAUGUGAUCANUGAUUUGAUUAACAACUACAAAUGCGUCUCUGACCUACAUCAGAUAGUACGACAUCCGGAUGUGAUCAUCGGUGCCGACUAUUUCUACGAAUUCGUGGGUCGAUCUCCUACGCGUCACUUAUCACAUGCCUUUUACAUAAUUCAAUCUAGCAUAGGACCGAUGUUAGCAGGGGAAGGACCACUAUUGCAGCAGCAACACAAUCAAUCUCAUGAACAGCAUGAAGCGCAAUCUGGAGCGGUUGUUGCAUAUUCUACGCUAAUAGACGUGAAUCAGUUUUGGUCACUGGAAAGUAUGGGAGUUGUUCCUCCAUCUCAAGAAGAAGAAGAUGAUCAGAAGGCAAUGCAAAUAUUUGAAAGCACCGUAAAACGCGACGAGAAUGGACGGUAUUCACUUCACGUGUUCACCGAUGCCUCAGCACAAGCAUAUGCCGCUACCGUGUAUGCCUUCGAUAACUCCCAAGAAACAAAUACUUCGUCCUUACUAUAUGUCAAGGGUCGAUUAGCACCAAUAAAAGGACUCACAAUACCACAACUCGAAUUACUAGGCGUGCUGAUCGGCACCCGUGCAUUGAACUUCCUGGAGAGUCAGCUACAGGGCAUCGUCAUCAAGAAGCAUCUGUGGACCGACAGCAAAUGUGUGCUCGCAUGGAUAACUAACAAAAAUCCAGAGAAAUACCCAAGGUUCAUAAAAAAUCGACUCGACGAAAUUCGCCGUAAUGUUGACACCUUAUUUGGUCACGUACGCUCAGAAGAUAACCCGGCAGAUUUGGCAACAAGAGGAACCAUAGCAGUCGAGCUCAAACGUAACACGCAAUGGUGGCAUGGACCGCCGUGGCUUAUCAGACAGGAAACUGAAUGGCCACCACAAUAUCCAGUAACUCAGCUUACCGACGAUGUUCUUCACACACACGCACAAGCGGAACAUAUCCAACAAACGUCACUAGACACUCAGCAAGGAACAACAUAUGCUGCCGUUGCAAACGUGAAACAUCAAGCUGAAACGUUUAAUGCAAUUCACCUAGUGGACGCCUCCAAAUUCAGUGAAUGGACGAAACUAUUGGAAACAGUGGCAUGGGUCCUGCGUUUCUUACGCCAAAUUGGUCACAAGCCACAAUGGUUGAAUGAAUUCUCAAGAGGUGGCUCAUUUAACGCGGAUGAUUACGACAUUGCCCUCGGUUUUGCCCAACGAGGUCUUCAGUGGAAAUUCAUCACACCACAUGCCGCCUGGCAAGGUGGAAUUUACGAAAGAAUGGUGGGCAUAACCAAGAACGCAAUGCGCAAAGUUAUUGGAAAAAAGAAGGUCACAGACGAGGAGUUAACCUCGUUGGUAGCAGAAAUUGCCCUAGUAGUAAAUUCACGGCCCUUAGUCUCGGUCACGGCAGAGCCUAUAACAGUUAUCCGACCGAUUGAUUUCCUGUACCCUAAAGCGGAACUGAGUACCAUUCCAAAUUCUGAAUUGGGAGCAAAAGACGAUCCUGAAUAUCUGUCCAACCAACUUGACUCAGCUGAUCUCAUAACAAACUACUGGAAUAAUGCCAUGGAAAAACUUGAAAGAUUUUGGCUGGAAUGGAGAAAUGACUACCUGCACACACUACGUGAACGAACGCAGCGAACUCAUCCGCAACGGAAAGGAACUUCUGCAAUCGAACCGCAGCAAAACGAAAUCGUAAUUAUCGAAGACAAAAGCAAACCACGUGGGAUAUGGAAUCUAGGCAGAAUCGUUCGAAUCGCGAUGGGAACGGAACAUCAAGUUCGUUCUGCAUGGGUACGCUCUAAUGGCAAGGAUCUCCUGAUGCCCAUUAGCAAACUCUUUCCGCUCGAACUUAAUAGCAUCAAGGAGACCACAAUUGAUCAAAUCCCCAAAACUGUAAACCAAACUAUGCCCGAUACCGCGACUGAAACUCAUAAACUUCAUGAGCUGGAACUCCGCUCACGAACUAUUCAUAAGAAACCUAUCGAAAUUAAAAAAGCCACUCCCACUGAUCGCAUUUAUCAAAAUGGAGCUAUUAUUCAAAAAUUCCAUCAGAAAUUCUUCCUCUACUAG